AUGGAAUGCCUCAAGGACAAGUUCGUUGGCGGUGCCCUUCUCAAGGGACGUUAUCAGACCAUCUCCCCUCUCAACCAUGGAUCUUUUGGUAUGGUGUUUAAGGCCCAGGAUCUUGUAACCAAUGAACCUGUUGCUAUCAAGUGCCUCACCAAGAGAAGUGCCUGCCCAGAUGCCGAUUCCGAUUUCGCUAUCGACGAGAAGUCGGAGGAACAGGCCCUCCACAGCCGCCUCGGAACCCACCGAAACAUCGUCAACCUCAUUGAUUCAUUCGAGACCGAUUCUCACAUCUAUCUCGUUCUCGAGUUUUGUGGUCAGGGCGAUCUUUACGAAGCUAUCCGAAAAGGUCACGGUCCUCUAGAGACGGAGCAUGUUCGUCAAUUCAUGAUCGAGCUCAUCGAUGCCGUUGAUUACAUGCACUCUAAGGGAGUCUACCAUCGCGAUAUCAAGCCCGAGAACAUCUUCCUCACUCAGGAUGGUGCCAUGAAGCUUGGUGAUUUCGGUCUGGCAACUACAGAAAAGUGGUCUUACGAGAUGACUGUUGGCAGUGAUCGUUACAUGGCUCCUGAACAGUUCGACUCGGCCGGCGCCGGUUACUCGCCUGCCGAAGCGGAUAUCUGGGCCAUUGGUAUCUGCCUGCUCAACAUCCUCUUCUCUCGCAAUCCUUUCACCACUCCUACCGAGGCUGAUCCCCUUUUCCUCGACUACUCCCGGGACAAGCAGUCCUUGUUCGACGUCUUCCCCUCCAUGUCUCAGGAUACGUAUGAGGUCCUCGUGCAGUGCAUGAACCUUGACCCCAGGCGACGCUCACUGGAGGGUGCCCGUGAAGCUCUGCUCCGCGUUGUCACGUUCACCACCGAUGACGAGGAUGAUGAUGAGUACUGUGGUGCCGAGUCUCCCAACGUGGCCACCGCCAACCGCGAGCCUCUCCGCACCCCUUCAAUCCAGUCCCCUGCCGUCGAUACCGGUGCUUUCCCCUGGGCCAAGGCUCUCCAUGGUACCACUCAUCUUGGUCGUCAACUCAGUGUCAUCCCUGAUGACGAGAGUUACACCGAGGAGCUCUUCCCUAAGUCAGAAGCGACUACCACCGACUGGUGCUCUGCCAACAUGCAGACCCCUAUGUCGUCUGUUUACGACUCUCACUUGGGCGCCUCCAUGAAGUCUAUGGCCAUCAAGCCCACUGCCCGAUUCAAUCGAUCUUCGGCAACUGCUGGCUCCCUCCCAAUCAACAUGGCCAAGCCCAUGCCAGCUAUGUCCAUGGUCUUUGGUCGACGUCAGGAAACUGUCUCUAAGAGCUGGAGUGACAUGUGGGACGAGGAUGAGGAAGAGGAGGAAAUGGAACAACAGCGACAGAUGCUUCAGGAGCUCAAUGCCAGGACUUGGAGCCAGGAGAGUAAGGAGGAGAAGAAGGUAGUGGAGGAGGAGGAGGAGGAGGGACAGGUCACGAAGACCGCCAUUGUACAGCCUGAACCCGAGCCGGUGUCGCACACUCACGACAUCAAGGGUGAUGUGGAUGAUGACUUGGUCGCUGAUGGCUUCUUCUUCCAGGAAGCCCCAACCCCCAAGCCUCAGCAAAUCACCAUCACUCCUCAUUACUCGCACUCGCCCAUGAGCAAACCGAGAAGUUCUCUGGACAAGUGGGCGGCGUUGGGUGAGCGACGCCGCGGUCAAAGUGCUACUUUGGAUUCUAUUAAGUCGGUGGACUUUUCUAAGCCACGACGACACAAUUUUGGUUUUGGAUACAACAAAUCUUAUGAAGCGGGCGUUUGGGAUCAUUCUAAUUAUCACCACAAAUUUGGGGCCGCUAAAGAACGGUCUAACAGCAAGGAAUGUCCCUGGAACAAGGGCAGAGAUUGGAACUGGCGUCGGGAUCGACGCACCGAUCUUGGAGACGUUGAGUGGGUUGGAGGUUGGUAA